AUGGAGGUGAAUAUACUCGUACCCGACCCAGGUCCACUCGACCUCAUAUACAAGUACACCAUCUGCGCUUUCUUCGCUCUUAUGAGCAACAUCUUCCACAUGCUUGGCCUCGGCCGCAUGUUUGGCUAUAUCUACGCCACCCUCAUGGCGUACACCAAGGUUUCUGGCGACGUUGUCGACGCCCCACCCGUCUUCUGGCUCUUUCUGUGCGAGCACGGACUUGAUGUUCUGUGGCUCGCCAUUGCUACCGUCUGGACUGGAUUCUUCUUCCUCUAUCUGCCCUACAAGAAUGGCGGGUUCUCCUCUCUCUUCGCUUGGUUUGGCAAGGGGAUCAAGCACCUCUUCAAGGGGGGCUCAGUCCCGUCGGACACAGCUGGCACUGUGACUGAGUUCAAGCCCUCGAAAGAGUUGGUCAGGUACUGCAUUGGCUUCGUCGGUGGCAAGCCCUUCUUCUGCGACUCGUGGUGGGACGUCUCUCGCCCAGUCGUCCCAGCGCCCGACUAUCUGAGCGGCAUCUUCACCGAGGAGGAGCUCGAGGCCCAGUUCGACGUCCUCGUCCACAACCUGUUCCACGUGCACCGCGUCCGCGAUUCCGGCUACUACGGCUACCUGUCCUACGUUCGCAACAUUGUCGGUCUCCCUCCUCGUCUGCCCUACAUCGACGCCGAGAACAAGUUUAUCGCCCGCGACACCGAGCCCAUCGUCGACGAGGCUGCCGAGUCCGACCCGGCCGUUCCGCAGGUUGUUGACACCGUCGUCGCUGAGGCCGCCGAGACUGUCGUCGCCGAGACCACCGAGAUCGCCGCCAACGUUACUACGACCGCUACCUCCGAGGCUACCAACACGGCCCGUUCUCAGGCUACCCAGACCGACCUCUCCAUGGCCACGCAGACCGUUGUCUCCCAGGCGACCGAGACCGACCUCACCAUGGUCACCGACACCAUGAUGGACGUCGCAGUCAACGUCAUUAAGCCCGCUAUUACCCAGGCCGCCUCGACGAGCAUCAACCUGGCUCUGACUACUUGCGCUGCGAACCACUUCGCGGCAGGUAAAGCGCUCGUCGACAGUGGUAUCAAGUCGAUCCUCCGUGCCCUGGAUACGAUGACGGCAGACAUCAUCGACGCCAUUGUUCCCCUUGUUUCCAAGGCAGUCGACCCGAUCGUUCCCCUUGUUUCCAAGACUGUUGGCACGAUCGAGCCGGCUAUGGACAAGGUUACCAAGUCGGUUGAGGAGGCCACCGCAGCUGCGGUGGCGAUGGAGCCCAAGGUUAUUACGGCUAUCGACACGUCUAUGAAGACCGGCCAGACCUCCAUGAUCGCCGCGGUCACCGGUGCCAUGAAGACCGCCACUUCGUCAAUGGUCUCCGCUGUCCACAAUGGCCUCCAGUCGUCCGUGUCGUCGCUCGCCAGUGCUGUGAACAAGAUCGAGCAGGCUGUGGCUGCGGUCACCAAGGUUGCCGACGCUAUCUCCAAGGCUUCCGACGCUGUCACCGCCGCGGCUGCUAAGAGCACCGAGGCCGCUGCCACCGUCGCCGAGUCGGCCAAGUCUAUCGGGUCCAAGGUUGUCAAUGCCGUCAGCUCGUCCAUCGAGCCUGCUGUCGCCAGUAUGCUCGAGGCAGUCAGCGACAUUAAGCCGACCAUCGUCUCUACUGUCGAGAAGACCCUCGGGCCUAGUAUCGGUUUACUCACUGCCGCCGUUGAGUCCUUCAAUCCCACGGUCACCCACGCCGUGAACGAGGGACUCAAGCCUUUCAACACGUCGCUUGAGGCAUCGGAGGCCCGCAUCCUCGCGGCCAUUGUGGCCCUGGGAGCCAAGAUCGAGGCCCAGGAGGCCAAGAUCGAGGCCCAGGAAGCGGAGAUCAAGGCCCGGGACGAGAAGCUCGAGGCAUUCCAAAACCACAUGUGCGUGCGCGACGGCUGGAUCCUGGACUGGUUCCAUAAGGUGACUUCCCACCGAAACUACAUGAUGAUUAAGCUCGACUCUGUCAUCGACUAUCUCAAGAGGACUGCCUCGCCCGACCAGUGGCCCGCCGACACUAGCGUCGAGCCGACCACUGGUGAGGUCGAGAACUCGGUGCCACUUGUUCCCGCCGACGCCACUGUCGACGGCGAGCAGCCUUCGGCCGGUGAGGACGACGCCAACGUUACGCCUUCGGUCACGUCGCCUCCUGUCGACACUGUCGAGGUCCAGCAGGCUUCGACCGGUGACGACAACGCCGACGCUACGCCUCCUUCCGCUGUCAACGUGCUCUUCUUUGGCCAGAUCGCCGCCGACGACAACGCCGAGACCGACGUCCAGACCCUCGAGCGUGUCCCUCGCGCCGCUGACUGGGACGAGGCGAGCGUCAUUGUUCGCCUGCCUCCUAGCCCACCCACGACGCCGGUCCAGACGCCACUCGUUGAGACUCCUGCCGCCAAGAUUACGCCCGUCGAGACGCCUGCCAUUGAGACGCCUGCUAUCGAGACUCCAGCUGUGGAGGCUCCCGUCAUCAAGGCUCCUGUCGUCGAGGCUCCUGUCAUCGAGACGCUCUUCGUUGAGACGGCUGUGGUUGUCAAGAUGCCUGUUGUCGUCGAGACGCCUGUCAUCGAGGUGGCACCCGUCGAGACGGUCAAGGCUCCUGCCGCUGAGAAGGUCGAGUCUCCUGCCAUGGAGACUCCUGCUGUCGCUCCUGUUGUCGAGACGCCAGCCGUCGAGGAGGCGGCCGUUGAGGCGCCCUUCGCCGAGACGCCUGCUGUUGAGACGCCAGCCGUCGAGACUCCACCCGCGGAGGAGGCUUCACCAGCCCUCGCCACGGAGGAGGCUCCUGCCAACCCGCCCUCGACUCCCUCCACUUCGGAGGAGAAGGCGGAGAAGCAGGCCCCGCGUCCUGCUGCUCUCGACCUUGAUGAUGACGACAGCGACUCGGAGAGCUCCGAUGACGACAGCGGCCCGGAGGACGACACCGAGUGGGUCCGCAGCUACGCUGAGUUUGUGAGCAGCCCCACCGACUCGCCAAUCACCGCCACCGAGUCGGCAGACAGCGGCGCCGAGUCGUCGGCCAAGGAGAACACCGAGUCGGCUACCAACCUCACCGAGUCGGUCAACAACACCACUGAGUCGUCGGACAAGGACGGUAGCGAGUGGGCCAGCGACGACGAGGACGACGCUGAGGAGUCGACCAAGAACACCGCCACUGUGGCUGCCAACGCCGAGGCCAACAACGCUGGCGGCACUGUCGGCCACAAGCGCGGCGGCCAGUACCCCAACCGCAAGGCGACGAGCAACGGCCUCCAGCCUUCGAACCUGAACACCAGCCCCGCGGAACACAAGGACGACAAGGGUUGGAAGGAGGUCAAGAGCCGGCGCGGAAACAGGAGCGGCGAGAAGGAGGUGAAGCGCGAAACCCCCCGCAAGAACCAGAAGGCCUCUGGUCGCGGCUCCAGCCGCGUUCGCGCUCCCCCCAUGGACAGCGAGGGCCCAGGCGACGACAGCGACACGUCGCCGCCUGACCAGCCCAGCGGCACCGUCCAGCCGGGCUCGCUCCUCUCGCGCAUGGGACCCCCCGUUGACCCCAACGCCGACGCCCAGCCGUCUCUUCAGUCGCGUGUCGAGGAGCCAAGCAGCGGCGUCAAGCCAUCUCUUCUGUCGCGCAUGACCCCGGCUGUUGAGACCAUCGGCGAGCUCAAGCCGUUCCUUCUUUCGGACCUGUCGCAGCCGUCGCAGGCUGCCGAGUCGAGCACUCCCCCGGCUCCUCUUGCUCCGCCCGUUUCGCCGCCGUCGGCCAGCAACAACUCCGACACCGCGGCUCCCGUCCGCCCGGGCCUCCUGCCAUUCCCAGUCUUUGCGCCUGGGGCCGACACUAGCAACACGGCGACGGGCUCGGCGGCGUCCGCUCGUGGCGGCGGUGGUGGCCGUAAGAAGGCCACUGGUGCCAUGCGCACCGCUCACCGCCGGACCAAGAGCGCGGCGUCCGUCGAGUCCAACCUCUUCAAGCUUAAGCCCUUCACGGUAGCAGCUUCGGCACACCCAGACCCCGCUCCGCAAGCUUCGGAGCAGCAAGACCCCGUGCCUAAGCCGCCUGCCGCCACCGACGCGACGCCAGUCGUCGUCGUCGAACCCAAGAUCGCCACUGCCGUCGUCGAGCCCGAGGUCAUCACAGUCCAGGCUGAUGAUGAGUCUCGUCCCGAGAUCGACGUGGUUCCAAGUAUCCAGGCCGAGUCCGAGACUCACCGCCUCACCUCGCCAGCUGGCGAAGCCGCCCCGGUCGAGCUCAGCGAGUCCGCCAUUGCUGUGCCAUCCGCUUCGGCCCAACAAGACGUCGUCGCGGAAUCGUCCGCCACGACAGAGGAGACGGCGCCACCUGACGUCGUCGACUCCAAGGAUCCCGUCGACACCGAGCCCCCCAUCGUUGUCGUCGAACCCGAGACCGCCUCACCUCAGCCUUCUGACGCGUCUCCCCCCGAGCUACCCUGGUCGGGAAGCCUCAUGGAUAUGCUCCAGUCCUACGGCCUUGUUGACACCAUGCUGCAUCUUCAAAACGCCGGUGUCGAGGUUGUUCUGUCCACGGUCGCUCCACCGACCGCGCCCAACGCCGAGUCGCGCACUCUGCCCGGCUCGUGGUCGCCCGAGCUCACCUUGCCGACUGACGACAUCGGCAGCGAUGUCGCCAUUCAGCAUGUCGACUCGCCAGUGGUCUCUAGCACCGAGCUGGAGACUCUACCCGUCAUCUCGUCGCCCCAACCUGAGUCAGUGGCGGGCCCGGUCGAUGGCGACGCCGAGCACGCCGAGCAGCUGCUCGACUCGCCGGCAGAGCCUAGCUUCCAGCUGAACUACCCGCCCACCACGUCGCCACCCGAGGCGGAGGCUCCCACGGCUUCGGCCGUUGAGGACGUUCAGCAGGCCACUCAAGAGGUCGACUCGUCGACCAUGCUCAACGCCGAGCUGCCCAACCACGAACUGCCGGCUCCAACCACCUCGUCGUGGCACGACGACCUUGCGGCACUGGUGCAGGAGCUUGAAGAAGCCCAGAUUGCCCACCAGGCCGGGUUGUCGACAUCACUCAACGCCGAGCAGCCAGCGCCAUCUGCCACCGAGUUCCCCCCGCCUGAGGUAACGGCCACGCCGGCGGUCCAACCCCUCGACCCUUCGCCAGAGCCUACCGCCCAGCUUCCGACUCCAACCGCCUCACCGUGGUCCGAGUCUGUCGCGACGGCACCGGUUCUUGAAGACGGCGAGAUUGACGACGGAGAGAUCACCACUCAGCAACUCACCGCGCCGACAGCACUCGACGGCGAGGCGCCAGCUCCAACCACCGAGUGGUGGGAGGGGCUUUUGGCUGACGCGUUGGCUGAAGGGGGAGAGCUUCCCGCCGUGUCACUCGACCAGUCGACAUUGCCCAGUGCCGACCUUGCUACCGCUGAGCAGCUCACUCCGGCGAGCGUGGUGUUGCCCGAGCCCCAGCCAGAGGCGACGGCUGCACCGGCUCUCGAAGACAGUGAGCUUGCUACGCAACUGGCCGACUUGUCGACACCGCUCGAUGCCGAGUGGCGCAUGGCACCCGCCGCGUUGUGGCGGGAGCCUGAGCCUGAGGCAGACGGCCUUCCACCAACCGCGCCGACUGACGACCUCGUCGACCAGUUCGCCAACCAACCGCCCGUGCCGCCGACCGUGCCCAGCCCCGAGCAGAGCACUCCUCCCGACAUCGUGUUGUCCGCCCCCACGCCAGCUGUCGACGUCGCCGAUGUCAGCAUGCAGUCGAUCGACUUGUCGGCGUCGUCAAUCGAGCCCAGCGCCGAGCUUCCGCCUCCAACCGCUUCGUCGUGGUCCGAGCCUGCGGCGACCGCACCGACGCUGGAAGACGGUGAGAUCGAGGAGGCCGAGAUCAACAACCAGCAGCCCGUCUUGCCGACAGCGCCCACCGCCGAGCCGCCAGCUCCAACCGCCUCAUCGUGGUCCGAGCCUGCGGCCGGCGUACCGGAGCUCGAAGAGGGCGAGAUUGCCGACUACGAGCCCGGCGCUGCGUCUGCCGAGGCGAGCGCCGACCUUGAUCUGGGCACAACGCAAGAACCCUGGGAAGUACCGGAGAACUGGGACAUAUUCAACGAGAUGAUGGGGGACAUUAACCAAGCCGACAUCGCCGCGGCGCAAGCUUCCGGCGCUCUCGGUCCAGUGGGACCCGCCCCCACCGCCGCCCCAGCCGCCGCCGCCACCACCGUCGCCGCCACUACCUUCGCUGCCACCACCGCCGCCGCCGCCGCCGCACCUGUCGACACCGAGAUGGCCGACGACGCAGCACCCUCCGCCAGCCAGGCUGCCGCGCAGCAAGUGGACAUUGACGAGCAGACGGCCGCUGCCAUGUUGAAGGAGCUCGAACCACUCGAGGACCACGUGGACUACGACAUGGAGGCUGAGGAGUUCGACCACGAGAUGGAGGAUGCCAGCGACUCGAUCGAGCUCGACGACUCGGCCGUCACCGCCGGCGCCUUGAUCUUCGGCAUCGGUACGUCGACCGCGCCACUUCAGUCCACCACCCCGCCUCCAGUCGUUGCGUCCACCCUUGCCGAGGCUAUCGACGACGGGAUGGGCGACGCAGACGCCGAGGGCGAGGAGGAAAUGGCCUGCAACGAGGGCCAGGGACAGCAAGGUAUCUGGCCGCCGCCGCUCGCCGCUCAAGGCGACAACAACCCCUCGGUCACCGGCAGUAACGACACGACCGUCGCCUUUUUCACCGGUAUCCAGUACCCCGUCGCUAGCAACACCGGCCCCGCGGCGACCUUCGCUCAAGCCGAGGCCAAUUUCUCCUUCGCAGGCAUCAGUGGCAUGACAUCAGCCGCCACACAGCCGACCCCCUCGUUCAACGCACCGAUGGCCGCCGCCGACCCGAGCAGGAGUAGCGUCGUCGGCAUGGCGCGCUUGAAGCGUGCCCAGCGCGGCCGCCAGCAGCCCGCCAAGCCGGCCGCUCCGCCUCCCAGUGCCGAGGAGCAGCUCAUCUUCGCCGAGCUGGCAGCGUACAAGCCGCCCGUGUUCACGCGCGAGCCGACCCCGCCUCCGCCACCUCCGCCGCCGCCUGCGCCAGUCAACGGGCCGUACGUCGACAAGCCGGUCGCCCUGCCCAAGUUCAACAAGCUCGAGGGGCUCAAGCCGCGUAACCACCGUAAGCCGCCCGCGCCGACACCGCCGCCCGCUCCGACGUCGACGCCUACGCCCGCCGUCAAGCCCGCGCCGCCCAAGCCCGCUCCUUCCAAGCCCGAUCCUCCCAAGCUCGCGCCUUCGCAGCCUGCCCCGCAGCCGGACCCAGUCAAGCCUACCCCGCGCGCAUCCGAGCUGGACGUGUUCAACCCAGCCCCGCAGUCACAGCCAUUCGUGCCCAAGGCCUCGCCGUGGCCCGCUCCACAGCCGAAGGUAGAGCCUGCGCCAGAGCCCGCGCCAGAGCCCGCGCCAGAGCCCGCCCCCAAGCCGGUCCCCAAGCCCGAGCCAGAGCCCACCAAGCCCGCGCCGACGCCGACCCCCGCGGUGGCACAGCCCGCUACCAAGCCCAAGCCGGAGCAGGUCGUGCCCCGUUGGGCGAAGAGCCAUCUCCCCCCGGCACCACCACCUCGCAUGGGCCUGUCUCCGUCCGACUGUGCACCUCCGGCACCACUGCCCCGGCUCUCAGCUAUCCCCAACACUCUGUUCACUGGCAAGCCGAUGGCCGCGACCAAGGACAAGGUUAAGCGCGAGUUCGAGGAUGACAGCGAGAGCAGCGAAAGCGACGACGCCGUGCCCGAGCAACAGACGGCGCACAAGCCCAGGCGGACGACACUGAACAGGACGGCCGAGUCGCUCCGCGACCACCAGCUCGCGCCGCCCGGGGAGACGCCAGAGACGCAGAUCCACCGCGCGAUGCUGGCACUCAACAGGCAAAAGCGGAGCGAUUUCGCAGCGGCGCGCGCUCGCGGCGAGAACGUUACGGCGACUGCUUGGCGGCUCCCUCCCGCGCUAUCCCCCGCUCCCGCGCCCGCGCCAGCGCCAGCGCGCUCGCGCACACCCUCGCCGACGAGGACGCCACAGUCGCGCGCCUCGGAGCGUCACUUUGACCGGCACCUCCUCGAGAUGGCGGACCCGAGCCGGCCUCAGGUUGGAACGCCUUCGCGUCAAUCGUCUCCCGUCAAGUCAACCACGUUUGACUAUAGCAGUGACGAGGAGGACGAUGAGGAGGAAGAGGAGGAGGAGGAGGAUGAGGAGGAGGAGGAUGAGGAGGAGGAGGAUGAGGAGGAGGAGGAUGAGGAGGAGUAUGAUGAGGAGGAGGAGGAAGAGGAGUGGUUGGAGGAUGAGGUGGAGGCGGAGUGGGAGUAUGAUGAGGAUGAGGAGGAGGAUGACGAGUACAUUGACGACUACUAG